AUGCAUGGAGUGCUGUACGCUGAACAGGUGCUGCUGCAGUUGCUGCUGCAGUUGCUGCUGCAGUUGCUGCUGCAGUUGCUGCUGCAGUUGCUGCUUCAUUUAAGGAGGGAGCACUUAAGCCGUGCUGCUCCAUUUGCUGCUGCUGCCCCAGCUGCUGCUGCUGCUGCGCCUUGGUGCUUUUGCUCAGCGUGCCAAGACAGCCUCCCAGAACCAGUAGCAGCAGCAGCAGCAGCAGCAGCAGCAGCAGCAACAGCGGGCUCGGGAUCAUCUAAGAGCAGCUCACUUGCCCGCUUGCCAGCGACCCCAGCAGCAGCAGCAGCAGCAGCAGAUUCGCCGCCAGCAGCAGGGUCACCAGCAGCAGCAGCAGCAGCGGCAGCCCCCCCAGAAGCAACAGCAGCAGCGAGCAGCCCAGCAGCAGCAGCAGCAGCAGCAGCAGCAGCGGACUCGUGCGCAGCUCAGCUGCUGCUGCGGGGCCGGCGGGGACUGCUGCCGCAGCUAAAAGCCUCGAAGAUUAGUCCCUUAAGUCCUUUUAAUUGCUGCUUGCUGCUGCAGCAAAUUGAUGCUUUGUGGCAGGCGCUGCAGCAGAAAAGGUACAAGGGGCUUCUCAAGAGGAAGCAGCAGCAGCUGCUCGCAGUUGCCAGGAGGCUUCAGGCUGACGGCGUAUCUCCGCGGCUGCUGCUGGAAGAAGGGGCUUUUGAGCGCUUCGGUUUGCUGCGGGAUUUACCCCACACGAAUUUCGUGCCUCUUUACCUGCACAGGCACUCCAAGUCUUGGCAUCCCCCCGAAGCUGCUGCUGCAGCAGCUGCUGCUGCUGCUGCAGCUGCUGCAGCAGCAGCAGCUGCUGCUGCUGCUGCUGCUGGGGGAUCACCUGACAAGCAGCACGCAGCUGAACUGGCCGCGAAGGCAGCAAAGGCUAGGGCUGCGCUGCGCAGCGCGGCCAUUAAAAGGCUACAGGAACUGGGGCUGGUGUCUGCUGAAGGCAAACUUGAACUGAUGCAGCUGCGGGCAAUGCAAGCAGCACUGCAGCAGCAGCAGCUGCCGCGGCUGCUGUCGGUUUCGGAGCAGCAGCAGCUGCUGCAGCAGCAGCGGCUGCGGCCCAAGUCCCGCUUCGCCCGAAUAAUGGCCCGGGUAACUAGCCACGCUCGUGCUGCAGCAGCAAGCAUGAACCUGCCGCUGCUGGGCCCCAAGAGCCGCAGAAAAGCAGCAGCAGCAGCAGCAACUGCUGCUGCUGCUGCUGCUGCUACGCUCGAAGACACGGAGGUCUUCACGGCCCCCUCCGAAGUCUCUAUAGGCGGCCGCAUCUGGACGCCGCCAGAGCAGCAGCAGCAGCAGCAGCAGCAGCAGCAGCUGCAGCAGCAGCAGCAGCAGCAACAGGACAUGAAGCAGCCGGCGGUACGCGCAAUGGGGAGCGCAGCGAAGCGGAUGCAGAAGCGGCGGCUGCUGCAGCAGCAGAUGCAGCAGCAGCAGCAGCAGGAGCAGCGGGAAAGAGAGCGGCUGCUGCAGCUAGCAGCAGAUGCAGGAGCAGUUUUUGAUACUUUGGCGAAAGCAGAUUACCCAGACUAUAAACCCCUAACGGACUUUGCUGAACUAGAGUCGUACGUGGAAGCAGAGUACAGAAGCCACUCGCUGCAGAGAGACUUGAAGAAGUCCCUAGAGGAGUUGCUGCAGUCUCCCGCAGCCUUGCAGCUGCCGCAGCAGCAGCAGCAGCAGCGCAGAGGUCCCAGCAAGGCACUGGCAUUUUUAACAGCAUGGAUGCAGCUCUCGAAGCGGCAGCGCCGCCGGCUGCUGCUGCAGGAGCUGCGGGAGCAGCAGCUGCAGCUGCAGCAGCAGCAGCAGCCGCAGCAGCAGAGGCGAAGGCGGCAGCAGCAGCAGCAGCUGGAAGCAGCAGGAGACCCUCGCCGCCUCCUCAGGGGGCUGCGCAGAAAGUUUGAGUUGGGUUUGCUGCCGCUGCGGCCGCACUCUGCUGCAGCUCCUGCUGCAGCUCCUGCUGCAGCUCCUGCUGCAGCUCCUGCUGCAGCUCCUGCUGCAGCUCCUGCUGUAGCUCCCGCUGCCGCACCCGCUGCAGUUCCCGCUGCAGCUCCUGCUGCAGUUCCUGCUGCAGCUCCUGCUGCAGCUCCUGCUGUAGGUUCUGCUGCAGCUAGCCAGCUGGCGUCAGCAGCUAACCAACAAACAGCAGCAGCCGCUAGCCAGCCAGCAGCAGCAGCAGCUAGCCAGUCACCAGCAGCAGCAGCCGGCCAGCCAGCAGCAGCAGCAGCUAGCCAGCCAGCUCCUGCAGCUAGCUCUGCGUCUGCCGCAGCUAGCCAGACUAAAUUAGGGGCUGUGCUUCUCUCUGCAAAUGGAGGCAGCAAAUCCUUGGGAUUUGCUGCUGUGCCUUUUGCUGCUGCCUCUCUUCAUGGCCCUUCGCGGCUCCCGCUGCAGCAGCCGCUCUUUAGCAGCAGCAGCAGCAGCAGCAGCAGCAGCAGCAGCAGCAAGACGCGGCGGUUCGCCACCCCACAAGGGGCCUUGCCAGCGCCCUUCGUGAAGAAGCUGCCCAACAGGCAUUUGCAGCAGCUGCUGCAGCUCUCUCCCGAUCCGCAACAGCAGCAGCAGCAGCAGCAGCAGCAGCAGCAGCACGAACCAGCAAAGACUACACAGGAGCUUGAGCCUGAGGCGGAGCCGUGGGAUGGCCGCCGGGCGCCGCCGGGCCGCUUUUGUCUUCGCCUUUUUUUCGAUAUUGGAUAUGAAGAAGAAGCAGUUGUUAAUGCCCUUGUAAAACACAUCAAGGAGCUAACCAGAGAAGACGCGAAAUCUGUUUGGCUCGGUUUGCAGCGCCGUGGGCAAAUCGAAGUUGGAAAAUUUCCUGAUCCGGUGGCAGCGUCUACUGCAGCAGAUUUGCUGCAGGCCGAAGCAGGAGUGUACAGCGAGUUGGCUGCUCUUCCAGAGAAGAACUAA